AAAAAAACUAAGAGGCAUUUCAUCGAGCACGUCUCGCUGGUGCUGCUGGUGCCGUCGCUCCUUCGAUGGAUGUCGCCGCCCUCUCCCUCCCCUCGCCGCCUUUUCCGGCUUGCCGUUGGAGGCCCCGACUCCCCCGCGCCGCUAUCGUCCAGGCCCCUCCCGUCCCCGCCGGCGGCAACGGCACCGCAAGAGGCGGGCAGUACCCCGUCCUCCUCCCCGCCGCUGUUUCCUCCGCCUCUCUCUCCGUCGUCCGCAGAGACCGCGCCGAGGACAUGCAAGCGGAGGCGCGCGCUAUGGGCCGCGCCGCUAAUGCCACCAUCUACAGCCCUGAGCUCCUCGCCGCCAAAUACUCUUCCAGGCCCUUCAAGCUGGUCUCACGGACUGUGGAGAUCUUCACGGCGUUGGGCGCAUUCGCGUUUAAGUUACUCUUGGAUCAACGGCAGGGUCAGUUCGACCAGCGGAAGCGGCAGCGAGCGGCGGAGCUGACGAAAACCCUAACGCAAUUAGGGCCGACGUUUGUGAAGAUUGGGCAGGGCUUAUCUACUCGUCCCGACAUUUGCCCGCCGGAAUACCUCGACGAGCUCUCCGAGUUGCAGGACGCACUCCCAACGUUUCCCGACGAGACGGCAUUCGCCUGUAUUGAGAGUGAACUGGGUGUGUCUCUGGAUUCCAUUUACUCAGCCAUCUCGCCGGAGCCCAUUGCAGCUGCCAGUCUUGGCCAGGUCUACAAAGCUCAGCUUAAGCAAACAGGCCAGUUUGUUGCAGUCAAGGUGCAAAGGCCAGGAAUUGAAGAAGCCAUUGGGUUGGAUUUUUACCUUCUCAGAGGUCUGGGUUUUCUUGUGAACAAGUAUGUUGAUUUUAUUUCCAGUGAUGUUGUUGCUCUCAUUGAUGAAUUUGCAAAAAGGGUUUACCAGGAACUUAAUUAUGUUCAGGAGGGUAAAAAUGCUCGGAGAUUUAGGAAGUUAUAUGCUGACAAAGAAGAAGUGUAUGUACCAGAUAUAUAUUGGGAUUACACUAGUGCAAAAGUACUCACCAUGGAUUGGGUGGAUGGGGUAAAGCUUAACGAGCAAGAAGCCAUUGAGAAGAGAGGUUUGAAGAUGUUAAAUCUGGUCGAUAUAGGUAUUCAGUGUAGCUUGAGGCAGUUGCUCGAAUAUGGCUAUUUUCAUGCUGAUCCUCAUCCUGGUAAUCUUCUAGCGACGCCAGAGGGCAAAUUGGCUUUCAUUGAUUUCGGUAUGAUGAGUGAAACACCAGAAGAAGCAAGAUCUGCUAUAAUCGGUCAUGUGGUUCAUAUGGUUAACAGGGAUUAUAAUGCUAUGGCUCGUGAUUACUAUGCAUUAAAUUUUCUCACAUCGGAUGUAGAUGUGUCUCCAAUUGUGCCUGCUCUUAAGAAUUUCUUUGACGGUGCACUUAACUCGACUGUAAGCGAGCUCAACUUUAAGACUAUUGUGGAUGGUCUGGGAAAUGUUCUUUAUCAGUAUCCUUUUAAUGUACCGGCAUAUUAUGCACUAAUAUUGAGGUCGCUUACUGUGCUAGAAGGUCUAGCUCUUUAUGCUGACCCAAACUUUAAGGUGCUUGCUGCUUCAUAUCCAUAUUUUGCUAAAAGACUCCUGACUGAUCCAAAUCCUUAUCUUAGAGAUGCUCUAAUUGAAUUGUUGUUCCAAGAUGGCAGAUUCAGGUGGAAUAGGCUUGAGAACCUUCUUGUGCAAGGACAGAAAGAUCGAGAUUUCACUACCAAAGAUGCUUUGCAACCUGUUUUGAAGCUCCUUCUGGGUCCUGAUGGCGAGGAACUACGAGGACUUGUUGUGCAAGAGGCAGUUCGGGUCACUGAAGCUAUUGUCUUAGGUUCAAUGAUAGAUACGUAUGAUUCCAUGCCUGACUUUAUGAAGGUUGUGGUCAACAAUGGUAAUACAAAUGGACCUUUUAAGCUAAGCGACGGUGAACAAGCAAGGAUGCUAGAACUUCGAGAUAGAGUGCUCAGAGUGUGGAGUCUUUUGAGAUCUUCAGAUAGUUUUGAUCCAAGCCUUUUGCAGCCACUGGUACAGGUACUGGAAGAACGGGAAGCCCGGAACCUUGGCGGGCGUAUUUUUGGGGGAGUUACUCAACGCCUAUCGGCCCGACUGCUGCAACAGGUUCUCAGAUCUCCAACCACUGUGUCUGCUGCUGCUCUUCAAUGACCAUAACAACUGGGUAAUGAUAGAGCAUGCUCUUCAUUUACAAGCUCUUCAUUACUAUCAUUUCUGUACUAAUCUUGAAUGAGUAAACUGUAAAUUGCAAUCCUUUAUUGUGAUUUAAUGGUUUUCCCCUAAAAGAUUAAUGUUAGAAUGAUGUCUAUAUUUCAAUGGAUUUGCUGUUGCUGUUGGUCACUCUUAA